AUGUCAUCAUUGGGAUAUCAGAACCCUCAGAACCAACGUCAUAAUUGGGAUACUGGUAACAUAAUUAAAAGUAAACAAGAUAAAAAUAAAUGCCUUUGGUAUAAGGAUAAGGUAUCCCUCUCGCUCAUCCUGCCCGAGAGUGGUCGUAUGCCCGGGUUAUGA